AUGGGCGGCAAGAUAGAAGCAUAUUUCGACUGCCCCUCUCCUUAUUCCUUCUUCGCCUUCCAACACCUCCUCAAGAACCGUGAAUUGCUAGCAUCGCAUGGCAUUGAGGUCGAGCGAGAUACGGCAAAAUUUGACCGUGAGCGAGCCGCCAAAUACUUCCAUGUCAAGGACAUGUCACCACCCCCUUUCUUCCCUCCCCUCACUAUCCUGCCCCAACGGGUGGCCACCUAUAUAAAAGCCAACUAUCCCCGCUCCCGCUUCGAAAACACCUUCCUCCUCUACUGGACCUACAUGUUCUACCGUCACAUCGACCUUAGCAAGCCCGAGAAUAUGAUUGCCCUGUUACGUGAAGAGAAAUACUCCGACGCGGAGAUUGAAACCAUCAUGAAGAGCGCGCAGAGCCCUGAGGGGAAACAGGCUUUGACGGACCGGACAAAGGAGGCGCUCGAUCGGGGCGCGUUUGGCGCGCCGUGGUUCUGGGUAAGGAACGCGGAGGGCAAGGAAGAACCGUUUUUUGGCAGUGAUCGGUUUCAUUAUAUGUGGCAGUUUUUGGGAGUCCCGUUUCAGGAUGUGAAGAUUUUGGAAAAGGGGAAGGAGAGGGCGAAGUUGUGA